AUGAGGCGGAGGCCGGUGGAUUUCCGACGGCCCGUCAGGAGGAGGUUAUCGAAUGUGGUGUGGUGGACGCUAUGUGGAAUAGUUGUGCUCUUGUUUAUAGUGAUUUUCAGCAAAGAGAGCCAAAUUGAAUCUAAGCAUUCGAUCAUCAGUAAGCAGAACUCUUUUAGAAAUGAGAAAGUUAUGGAAGGGCUGAACGUUACGGAUGAAAUGUUGAGUCCUGAUUCCGUCACCAGGCAGCUCAGUGACCAAAUAUCGCUUGCCAAAGCCUUUGUGGUGAUUGCAAAAGAGAGCAACAAUCUCCAGUUUGCUUGGGAGCUAAGUGCUCAAAUACGGAACUCCCAAGUCCUUCUCUCGACCGCUGCAACAAGGCGAGUCCCCUUAACCACUAGAGAAUCCGACACUGCGAUUCGUGACAUGGCACUUCUACUCUUCCAAGGGCAGCAAUUCCACUACGAUAGUGCAACUAUGAUCAUGAAACUGAAAGCCAAGAUUCAAGCUUUGGAAGAACAAAUGAGUUCUGUUACCGAGAAGAGUUCCAAAUAUGGACAGAUAGCCGCUGAAGAAGUUCCAAAAGGUCUUUACUGCAUUGGUAUACGGUUGACUACCGAGUGGUUCAGAAACUUGAGCUUACAGCAGAAGAUCAACGAGAGAAUGCAAAUGGAAGCAAAACUCAGAGACAACAGUCUCAAUCAUUUCUGUGUCUUCUCGGACAACAUUAUUGCUACUUCAGUAGUAAUCAAUUCAACAUCCAUUAAUUCAAAGAACCCAGCUCAACUUGUCUUCCAUAUAGUAACUGAUGAAAUCAACUAUGCUGCAAUGAGGGCCUGGUUUGGCACGACCCAGUUUAAAGGAGUGACUGUCGAGGUUCAGAAGUUUGAAGAUUUCAAAUGGCUGAAUGCUUCAUACGUUCCGGUUCUGAAGCAGCUUCAGGAUGCUGAGACACAAAGCUAUUACUUCUCGGGUCAUCAUGAUGAUGACAGAACUCCAAUCAAGUUCAGGAAUCCAAAGUACCUAUCAAUGCUGAAUCAUCUCAGGUUUUAUAUUCCUGAAGUGUUUCCUGCAUUGAAUAAGGUAGUAUUUCUCGACGACGAUGUGGUUGUUCAGAAAGAUCUAUCUGGCCUAUUUUCGAUUGAUUUGAAUGGCAAUGUGAAUGGGGCGGUGGAGACAUGCAUGGAGACAUUUCACAGGUACCAUAAGUAUUUGAACUACUCCCACCCGCUCAUAAGAGAGCAUUUUGACCCAGAUGCUUGUGGGUGGGCAUUUGGGAUGAAUGUGUUUGAUUUGGUGGAGUGGAGGAAAAGGAAUGUCACUUCCAUAUACCACUACUGGCAGGAGAAGAAUGUUGACCGGACGCUUUGGAAGCUCGGGACGCUUCCACCGGGGCUUCUGACCUUCUAUGGCUUGACUGAGCCUUUAGAUCCCACGUGGCAUGUGUUGGGAUUGGGGUACACGAAUGUCGACCCUCAUUUGAUCCAGAAAGGAGCUGUGUUGCACUUCAAUGGGAAUUCCAAACCAUGGCUGAAGAUUGGGAUGGAGAAGUAUAAGCCUUUGUGGGAGAAGUUUGUAGACUACUCUCAUCCUUUGUUGCAGCAGUGCAACUUCCAUUGA